CCCACAAUCCUCUUGGGUCAUACUUAUUGAAACUUUUUUUUAUUUUCUGUUCAUGUGUACAUAUUGCUCAUCUCUACAUAUGUCCACUAUUUGGGGUUUGUUGCACAGGGCUGUCUCUAGACCUGGGGAAGCCACCCCAAUUCCUGCACAGGCCCUUGCUGGAGGAUGAACCAGUCCCAGAGAAUGGCGCCUGUGGGCACGGACAAGGAACUGAGUGAUCUCUUGGACUUCAGUAUGAUGUUCCCGCUGCCUGUGGCCAACGGAAAGGGCCGGCCUGCCUCCCUGGCUGGAGCCCAGUUUGGAGGCUCAGGUCUUGAGGACCGGCCCAGCUCUGGCUCCUGGAACACCAAUGACCAGAACAAUCCCUCCUUCGACCCCAGCAGGACCUACAGCGAAGGCGCCCACUUCAGCGACUCCCACAGCAGCCUCUCUUCGUCAACAUUCCUGGGCCCUGGGCUUGGAGGCAAGGGCGGUGAGCGGAAUGCCUAUGCCACCUUUGGGAGAGACUCGGGGGUCGGUGGUCUGACUCAGGGUGGCUUCCUCCCAAGUGAGCUGGGCCUCAGCAGCCCUGGGGGGGCACUGUCCCCCUGUGGCAUCAAGGGCAGCUCCCAGUGUUACUCCUCGUACUCCAGCAACCCUCGGCGGAGAGCUGCGGACAGCACUCUGGACACACAGCCCAAGAAGGUCCGGAAGGUUCCGCCUGGUCUUCCCUCCUCGGUAUACCCACCCAGCUCAGGUGACGACUACAGCAGAGACGCCGCCUACCCCUCAGCCAAGACCACUGGCAGUGCCUACCCAGCCCCCUUCUAUGUGGCAGAUGGCAGUGUUCACCCCUCCGCGGAGCUCUGGAGUGCCCCUGGCCAGGCAGGCUUCGGGCCCAUGUUGGGUGGCUCAUCCCCCCUGCCCCUGGUGCCCGGCAGCAGCUCUGCGAGCGGUAGUGGCAGCUUUGGUAGCCUGCACCAGCACGAACGCAUGGGCUACCAGCUGCAUGGAGGAGAAGUCAACGGUGGGCUCCCAGCUGUGUCCAGCUUUCCAUCGGCCCCCAGUGCCUAUGGUAGCACCUCCAGCCACACACCGCCUGGCAGUGACAGCCUCUUGGGCCCCCGAGGGACCACAGCCGGCAGCUCCGGGGACGCCCUUGGGAAGGCACUGGCCUCGAUCUACUCUCCAGACCACUCCAGCAAUAACUUCUCGCCUAGCCCCUCAACACCUGUGGGCUCUCCUCAGGGCCUGGCAGGGACAUCACAGUGGCCCCGUGCAGGAGGCCCUGGUGCCUUAUCGCCCAGCUACGAUGGCGGUCUCCAUGGCCUGCAGAGCAAGAUGGAAGACCACCUAGACGAGGCCAUCCAUGUACUCCGCAGCCACGCUGUGGGUACAGCUGGUGACAUACAUGGGCUAUUACCCAGCCACGGAACCCUGGCCACAGGCUUCACAGGCCCCAUGUCAUUGGGUGGGCGGCACACUGGCCUGGUUGGGGGCAACCACUCUGAGGAUGGUCUUGUAGGCAAUGCCAGCCUCUUGCACAACCAUGCAGCCCUCCCCAGCCAGCCUGGAGCCCUCCCUGACCUUUCCCGGCCACCUGACUCAUACAGUGGACUUGGGCGGGUGGGUGCCCCAGCAAGCACCGGGGAGAUCAAGCGGGAAGAGAAGGAAGAUGAGGAGAACAACUCGGUGGCCGACAACUCUGAGGAGGACAAGAAGGAGCUGAAGGCCUCCCGCACACGGACCAGCCCAGACGAGGACGAGGACGACCUUCUCCCCCCAGAGCAGAAGGCUGAGCGGGAGAAGGAGCGCCGGGUAGCCAAUAAUGCCCGUGAGCGGCUGCGGGUCCGAGACAUCAAUGAGGCGUUUAAGGAGCUGGGCCGCAUGUGCCAGCUACACCUCAACAGCGAGAAGCCACAGACCAAACUGCUCAUCCUGCACCAGGCCGUGUCGGUCAUCCUCAACCUGGAGCAGCAAGUGCGAGAGCGGAACCUGAACCCCAAAGCAGCCUGCCUGAAGCGAAGAGAGGAAGAGAAGGUGUCAGGUGUGGUCGGGGAUCCCCAGAUGACACUCUCAGCCACCCACCCAGGCCUGGGUGAAACCCACAACCCCACUGGGCACCUUUGAGUGGUCACUGGAGGAGACCCCAGCCUGCCCAGGACUGUCCUGCACUGCAGCAUCACAGUACAUCAGCAUCUGCUGGCCACGUGGGCCCCAAGGGAGGCAGGCUCAGCCACCGGGGCAUGUGACCCACUGAAGGGAGUUGGUUUUUGGUUUUUUUUUUAAUUUUGUUUUGGGUUUUUUUUUUUUUUUGCCUCUUGGGUAAACAAAACCAGAAAGCAAAAGCAACAAAUUAUACACUUUGUAAGAAAGAGAAGAAAAAUGCCUUAACUGUAUAAACUGGAAGCGUGGGAACCUGUGCCCAGGCCAGGUUGCCGUGUGCAGAACUGGCUUGUUCUAUGAGAGCCACCAGCAAAUUGUGCCUAAGCAUAAUAUUUUUUUUAAGGAGAAUAAAAACGUUAGUUAUGAAAUUUUUUAUGUAGAUUAGCAAGAAUGAUGCCUUUGGUGUCUUUUUUUUUAGCUUUUUUUUGGCAUAUGUUUUGUAAGCAAAUUUUUUUGUAUAAAAGUCUCUGUCUCUUGCUGUUUCUAGAAGUUUGUGUUGCAUUUCAUAUUCAACCAGAUUAUUAAAAAUUUGCAUUUAAAAUGUU